CCCAGCUGCGGGUGUCCUACUGUUGAAACAUGCGUCUUAUACUGCUGGCAGCUCUACUAGGCGUCGCCAUUGCGAGCCGGGUAUCCUAUGAGGGGUACAAGGUGCUGCGUCUGAUUCCCAAUGAGGAAAAACUGCAGCUCCUUAAGACGUUCAGGGACCGUCAGGGGUUCGACUUCUGGAACGAACCACACAAACAUGGUGAAAAGCUCGACAUCAUGGUGUCUCCCGUGGAACAGCCUUCCUUCCUAAACUUUCUCGAAGACAACAAGAUUGGCUUCACGGUUCUCAACGAAAACGUUCAAACGUUGAUUGAUGCUGAAAUUAAACAUCAGGCAACGGUGCCUAAAACCCCCCGGGAGAUCUCAUUUAACCAAUACUACAGACACAGCGAGAUUAACAUCUACCUAGAAGAAUUAGCCGUCCAGUACCCCGACCUAGUUCAACUAGAAUCAAUUGGACUGAGUUAUGAGAAUCGAGAAAUGGUGGUGAUAAAGAUCUCGACAGGAGGCAAUGGAAAUCGACCCGCAGUGCUUGUAGAUGGUGGAAUCCACGCCAGGGAGUGGAUUGCCCCGGCAAUGGCACUGUACAUCAUCCAACAACUGGUGGAAAACAAUGCUGCCAACAGCGAUCUUACUGAUGAAGUAGACUGGUACAUUCUGCCCGUACUUAAUCCUGAUGGGUAUGAAUAUUCCCACACCAGUGAUCGUAUGUGGAGGAAAUCAAGGUCAGCCAUACCAACGACGACUCAGGUAUGCAGAGGUGUUGACCAAAAUAGGAAUUACGAUUUCCACUGGAUGGAGAAUGGAGCCAGCGAUUACCCCUGUUCUGAGAUUUAUGCCGGCGAGGAAGCUUUCUCUGAACCUGAGAACCAACAUAUACGCGAUUUCGCAGAGGCCCAUAAGGAUCAAAUCAAGUUGUACCUGACUUUCCACAGUUACGGCGAAUACCUCUUGUACCCAUGGGGAUACACUUCGGCUCUUCCUUCAGACUGGCAGACAUUGCAAGCCUUGGCUGAGGAAGUAGAUGACGCCCAUGCAGCAGCAGGUGGAAACCAUUUCAGCAUAGGAACUUCUACAAAUGUCCUGUAUGCUGCUGCUGGCGGAAGUGACGAUUACAUGAAAGGGGUUGUAGGAAUCGACCUAUCGUUCACAGUGGAACUGACAGAUACCCCAUACGGCUUCGAGCUACCUGCUUCGCUGAUCGAGCCCACUGUCACGCGGUUCUUUGAGGGCGUUCGUGUGUUCGGAAGACACGUGAAGGAAAAUUUCUGAGAAGAAAAUUAAUAAAUCGUUCAUACCAUUUUAUGCAUAUUUCCUUUAUUUCGGAUUUUAAAUAUUUUUCCCAAGUGGUGACACUUUGGAUUAUAUUUCUGUCUCUCUACGUCUCACAGCACACCAAAUCAUGGUUCACUGUAAUAUGGUGUACCUACGUGUGCAAUGAAAUGUGGCAACAUAAAUUUAGCAAAAGAACAUCAUCAUAGAAUAAAUAAAUUACAAAGCAAAGCUUAACGAGACCUCGCUGGUAUUUAAUUAUCAAUGACAUCAAAUGUACUGAAAGUCAUAUUAGGUGAGGUAGAAGAGUUCUAAUGGCGACAGCAUUUUAAUCCAACUUGUUGCAGACACUUCGUUGAACAUCACUGCACAAUAUUUGAGGAACAGUACUUCAACAAACGAUCUAACGCCAUGGUUCAAUGGCUUCCUUGAAAAACCAACAGUUCUUAUGAAAUACAAUUCAAUAUUCUUAAAUUGAAAAGUACGACGGUGAGAUG